AUGGCCGCUGCCAUCGCACGUCCCCAGGGCGCAAGACCCAUGCCCUCCGCCUCCUCGUCCUCGGGUGGAAGCGCAGGCAAUCCAGCCGCAACAUCCUACGCAAAUCAACAAGGCUUCGCCCCAACGUCGACAAAGGAGGCUGCCUGGUACGAGCACGAGGAACGCAUGCGUCCCUCCUACAUCCAUCAACACGCUCCUCAACCCCUCGCGCCCACCUCGCACUACAACCAGCAGUACCCGGCUCAACCCCGCGCUCAACCGCCCGUAAGCCCCUCGGCGUACGCGCAGCACGCCUACGCUCACCAAUACCCGGUGCACCACCAGCAGCAGCAGCGCGCUUCGCCUGCUUACGCCACCCAGAUGCCGCCUCCGCAUCUCCAGUAUACCCAGCAGCAGCAGCCUAUGCACUACCAGCAACUCCAAUCGCCUCAGAGGCACGCCCAUCCUGCCUCCUCGCCGUCGUCACGCCCGCCGCCCUCGCCCUCGGCAAAGUACGCAAACCCUCACCUCAACAGCGCGCCCUCCCGCUUCGCUGCCAACCCAAACUACCGCGACUCGGACGAGCUGCCUCGCUCCACCGUAAAGGGAAGCGCAUUCAUGCACAAGGGCUUCUGGGACAUCAUGUCGCUCGUCAACAAUCAAGCUCCCUCCCCUGGCCGCCUCGCCCCGCCCUCCAAUGCACAGCGGCCCUCGUCGCCCGGCAAGUUCCGCGCCACCCUCAGCAAGGCCUCGGGCGCUCUGCGCAAGAACAACAACGACAGCUUCCACGCCGGCCCCGAGUAUGGCGCCCAAGCCGCCUAUCCUCUCACCGGCAAUGCUUCGCCGCGCACUCCCAGCUCUCCCGUCAAGGAUGCCUCCACUGCUGCCGUGCCCGGUGCCUACCCUCGCCCUUCCUUUGCCUCGCCUUCCACCCACACUGCCAACGCCUCGGCCGUCAGCGCAGCCCUCAACUUCUUUACUCCCGCCGCCAUGGGUCCACGCGCACAGAAGAAGCGCAUCAGCGUCGACAUGGUCGGCUCGCCCCAGACACAGACCUUUGUCCACGCCGCCCAUGCGAGCGACGCAGAGCAGGCAGAGGUCAUCCUCAACCGCUGGUCCAGGGACGGCGUCGGCAAGGUCGCCGAUCCUUCCUGGGUAGAGCCCAUCAAGGAGGCGCUCCGUCUUCAGGCCGCCAGGAACCAGGCCGAGGCUAUCGCGCAGGUCCAGGCCGCCAUGCACCAGGACAGUCUCAUCCACGACAACCCGCGUCAGCUUCACAUUGUCAACGGCGCGCCCAGCCAGAUCUCCAUGCUCACCACCACCACCGCCACCGCUGGCCACAGCACCCUCUCCAACACCACCAUCCGCGCUCCUUUGGCCUCGCCCCCCGCACUUUCCCCCACGCGCGAGAACAAGCCCUUUGCCGGCAUCGCCGAGGAGCCGCUUUCUUCCACCGACGCAGAGCUCGAGGCGGCUAUCCAUGCCCAGCUCCAGCUUGGCAAAACACCCUCACAACCCGUCUUCAAGCCGCCCACCCUCCGCACCAACACCGCAGGCACGCUGCUCGUCAACCCUUCGCCGCCCGUCGCACGCGACGGCAACGUGCCUACCCCCGACUACAUGCAGUACCGUCCGCCCUCGCCGCACGCAGCCACGCCCGGCGCAUCGAACCGCAAUAGCCGCAACAUCGACGGCCUCCCCUCCGGUGCGCCCCACGCCAUCAACGCCAUGUUCGAGACGCCCUCACUGCAGCCGGCCAACGCCAACGCCGAGCGGCCCAACUCGAUGGUCAUCCUCGACAGCCUCAGGUCCAUCGACACCGCCGGCAUGAGUUCGCUCGCCGACUUUACGCAGCCCAUCGGCGCCGCCGUGCGCCCCUCGCUCGAGACUGUGGAAAAGAGCGUGGCGGCCAAGAUCUACUUUGAGAAUCUCUACUACGGCAUCCUGAAGAAGCCCAAGGCGCGCGACACGCGCCGCGCGGGGCUCGAGGCGGAGCUGGCGGCGCUGCGCAUCCCCGAGUCGAGCAAGGCGCAGAUCCGCGAGGCGUGGAUGGCCAACGAGACGCGCUACCUGCGCGACCUGCGUGCGCGCGUCAACGUCAACUCGUUCCUCAAGCUCAAGACGAUCGGGCACGGCGCGUUUGGCGUGGUGGCGCUGUGCAAGGAGCGCCAGUCGGGCCAGCUGUACGCCAUGAAGCAGCUGCGCAAGGCCGACAUGCUGCGCAAGGGCCAAGAGGGCCACGUGCGCGCCGAGCGCGACCUCAUGACCUCGGCAAGCGCAAGCGCCUCGGCCAGGUGGAUCGUCAAGCUCGUCUACUCGUUCCAGGACGUCGACCAUCUCUACCUCAUCAUGGAGUUCAUGGGCGGCGGCGAUCUGCUCAACCUGCUCAUCGAGAAGGACAUCUUUGAGGAAGACUUUGCGCGCUUCUACGUCGCCGAGAUGAUCCUUGCCAUCCACGAGGCGCAUUCCUUUGGCUACAUCCACCGCGACAUCAAGCCGGACAACUUUCUCUACACCUCCGACGGCCACAUCAAGCUCGCCGACUUUGGACUGUGCCAGUCGUUCCACUGGGCGCACGAUGGCGCGUACUACGACCAGCAGCGCAAGAAUCUGCUCAAGAAGCACGGCAUUGAUCUGGACGACUCGCAUGCGGCGGCGGGCAUGCGUCGUCGUGCACAGGCCACAGGUCGAGGCGGAGGAGUGCCUGGUCAGGCAGGCGCGGGGUUGAGCGACAAAGAGCUGGUGGAGAUCAUGUCGGAUCGCAAUGCGGACGGCACGCCCAUGACGCACGUGCUCACGUGGCGUGAGAAGAACAAGAAGAAGAUCGCCUACAGCGUGGUGGGCACCAACAACUACAUGGCGCCCGAGGUGCUGCGCGGGCUGGGCUACGAUCAGGCAUGCGACUGGUGGUCGUUGGGCGUGAUUGUGUUCGAGAUGCUCUAUGGCUAUCCGCCAUUUGUGUCCAAGUCGCGCCAUCUGACGCGCCAGAAGAUCCUCAACUGGAAGCAGACGCUGCGCUUCCCACCCAAGCCGCGCAUCUCGCGCGAGGGACAGGACUUUAUCGCGCGUCUCGUAUGCGAGCGCGAAGACCGCUUGGGCAGCACGGCUUCUGCCUCGGUAAGUCGUCCCAACAGCUACCUGCAGAGCGCGCGUCGAUCUGGCUUUGCGAACAACGGGACGGCAAGUAGCGGGAGUGGACUGCAGGAUGGCGUGGAGGAUUUGAUGACGCAUCCGUGGUUCCGUGGGAUUGACUGGGAUAAUCUGCACCGCAUGCGUCCUCCCUUCCGACCUGCACUCAGCCACGCCGGUGACACCAAGCACUUUGAAGACGACAUUGAGGACGCACCUCUUCCGGCACCCGGAGCGGCGGACAAUCCGAAUGCCGACCAGCCAAGGGAUCCGAUGUUGAGGGACAGGGAACAGGGUCCCAAGCUGCUCGAGAUGCGCAAGCAGCUCGCCUUUGUCGGGUAUACCUUCAAGAGCCCCAAGGCAUUCGACCCGCGCGAGCAGCUCGCCGACGAGCGCAACGUCAUUGCCGCCGAAAAGGCCGCAGGCAUGCAGAGAGGCAGGAGCAGAGAACCUACCGAGAUGGGGAGCAGGAUCAGGAGCAUGUCCAUGUAG